AUGGUCAUGGAAUCCAAUCCACACUUUGAAUGGAUAGCUUCUGAAGAUCAAGUCACUUAUUUGAAGAAAAUCUUGCUUCGGAAUCUGAAACCAGUCCCCCGAAAGGAAGAGGAAGUUUUCCACACUCACAAGCUCCUGUACAAACAUGAAGAAUUCGGUCAGCCAGAGCAGACACUCAGAACCAAUGAUCCUUUCAAACCGAGAGCAGACAAUGUUGAUCUCCUGAAAUCCGGAUACAAAGUCCGACAGUUAAAAUUUCUUGCUCGUGUGAUUACUGAGGAUCCUGUAGAAAAAUUGCGUCGAUAUCUUGUGUGUUUCUUUAUGGAAGACGAUACUAUGGCAAUAAAAGGUCUAGAUCCAGAUCAUCAAAAUAAAAGUGCAAUGGAACAUGCGCAUCUCAAAAGAAUGAAAGUUGUUAAGCCGCAUUCAACAUAUUGGAACUCGGGAAGAAAUUUUUAUGAGCCUGUUGAUUUUUAUGUUGGGGGUGUGAUAUAUGUCAGAAAUAAACCUUUAGAGUUACUAGAAGCAGAUGAGUACACGUACGAUUAUAUGGAGCAACACUGUGAUCAGUUUCCUCAUGCAAACGUAAGGAAAAUAAUGACAGAAUUCAAAGAAUGGAUCACGCCAAAAUGCGGAUCACUAAAAUCAGGAUUCGAAAGAUAUGAUCCAUGCAAGACCGGAUUAAUAAAUUAUGAACAUUUCAGAAAUGUGUUGUACGAAGAAAUGCCAAGUGAGAUUAAAAAUCACUAUCCGGAGCACGCCAUGAAAACCGUUGGCCGAUACUAUGCAGAAGAAAAGUACAAUGGACUAUGUUUUAGCGAACUUCUCGGUAGAGCACAGUCGGAACUUUAUAGAAAGAAAUUUUACGAUUUCGAAGAUUUGAAACUCGCUUUUAAAAUACAUGACAGUGAGAAGUUUCCAAAGAAAGAGAACAAGAUAAACUAUUUAGACUUAGUUGAAAAACUUAACUGGGUAGAAAAUCCAACACAAUUCGAUAAAUCAGAACCACAAGCUAUUCAAAUCAACUGGGAAAGAAACGAAACGGAAAAAGACCUUGAAAAAAUAAAAUACAACUGCUUCAUGAUGGAUAUCGUUUCGUCGUGA